AUGUCGCUCUGCAGACCAACAAUGAAUUCGCCGGUGACAUCAUCCGCGUUUCUCCGUUGUGUGAAGCAGCCAUCUAGCAUACGCAUGGCACCUAGGUACCGUCUGUUCUCAUCAUACGGGAAUGCCUACCGGUCCUCAAAGCGUGAUAUGCAGACAGCCACGGCAUACCGACCGCACACUCUACCUUCGACUUUCCCGAUACCACCAAGCCCUGGUCCUAAGGAUUCUUCUGUCGCUGCGGAUUUCCUUUCUCCUCGCGAACCUGCUAAGCCUCAAGAAACACAAAGCGCCGAGCAAAAGACCGAUGCUAGCAAAGACGAGGCUCAGAAAUCGAAACCUGUUGAAUCCACUCCCGCUACUUCCAAGACCCCUGAGAAACCCCGCAGAAAGCUACGUCCUCGCAAAGCAGCCAUGAAAUUGACGCCAAUCGCAAUCGAACAACUAAAGAGCAUGUUGUCUCAGCCCGAUCCAAAAUUAAUUCGAGUCGGUGUCAAGAACCGUGGCUGCUCUGGUCUGGCCUAUCAUCUGGAAUACGUGGAGAAGCCGGGUACUUUUGACGAGGUUGUCGAGCAGGAUGGCGUAAAGGUCCUCAUUGAUAGCAAGGCAUUAUUCAGCAUAAUUGGCAGUGAGAUGGACUGGCAAGAGGAUAAAUUGAGUGCGAGAUUUGUAUUCCGCAAUCCUAACAUCAAGGAGGAAUGUGGCUGUGGCGAAUCAUUCAUGGUUUGA